UUGAUUUGGGAAAUCAGUGGUAAAUACCAUCAAAAGAAACAAACAUUUCCACUCACAGCACUGAGAUACUUAAGGCAAUUCUCAUGAGAUCACCUCGCUUCUGAACACUCCCACCAUCCCCCUCCUCUCUGCUUGUUUACCUUAGUGAGCUGAGAGUACAGUCUGCCGGUAAUAACACACCUGGAGGAUGCUGAGCUGGAUCUGCAGAAACUAGUUUACAACACCAUGAUGCAAUGAAAUGUCUCUAAAGGUGGAACACUGAACACAGCGUACAUGCCAGCAAAGCAAGGGAACGAUGACCACAGAUUGAGUCAUACCUGAACCAUUAGACCCAAAACAACUGAAACAUGGACCACUUUGGACAGCAGCAUCACCACAAAAGCAAACCACCAGCACUGGCUUACUGGCUUUAACCACUUCCAGCUCUUCACCUUCUUACCAAUGCCUGGACAAUGUGAAAGAAGCCAGAUGAUCUGUAACUGAGAUGAAGUCAGCAGUUCGGAGCCAUGUGGUCGGGCCUUCUGAUGGAGGCUAUGGCUGGUUCAUUGUGUUUUCCACUUUCCUCGUCUUUGGGCUGACAUUUGGUGUAAUCAAGUCCUUCGGAGUGUUCUAUGUGGAAAUCCAUCGCUACUUCGGCACAACAGCGACGGCCUGCUCAUGGAUCACCUCCAUUUCUGUAGCAACUGUACAUAUCGGAGCCCCAGUUGGCUCAGCGAUGAGUGCGUGUGUUGGCCACAGAGCCGUGGUGAUGCUGGGAGGACUGCUGAGCAGCGUAGGCAUGGUGGCUGGAGCCUUCGCCCAAAACCUGCUCCAACUGUACAUCACGGUCGGGUUCAUAUCAGGUUUUGGCUAUGCCCUGACAUGGACCCCCACCGUCACCAUGCUGGGCUGCUAUUUUGAGAAGCGACGGCCCUUGGCCAAUGCUCUGGCCAGCACCGGCGAGUGCAUCAUCACCUUCCUCUUCACACCUUUUUUCCAGCUUCUGGUGGAUGAGUAUUCCUGGAGGGGUGCCAUGCUAGUGCUGGGAGCGGUACAGCUCAACCUGUGUGUGUGUGGGGCGCUGCUGAGACCUCUCAAUGACCCAGUCAAAAUGCGUCCAGCGGAGCAGGACAGGCUGGAGCUGGAGGGCCUCUCCCAGACAGACACUGACCUAGAGAAGUCCAGCAGCAAGUCAGAAGCUCUUAGAAGCAAAGUCCUGCACUAUGUAGAUUACACACUCAUUAGUAAUACCCGCUUCAUGGUGUACUCCACGUUUGGCUUCUUUGCGGCUCUGGGUUUCUUUGCCCCAGCUUUGUUCCUGGUGCCGUAUGCCCGAAGUCGAGGUAUAGAGGAGUACCAGGCUGCUGCUCUCAUGUCCAUUUCAGCAGCUCUGGACCUGGGUGGACGGCUCUUCUUCGGUUGGGUGGCCAACCUGCGGCUGGUGGAGACGAUUCAUCAGCUGACAGUGACUGUCAUUUUGCUGGGCCUGGUCCUGCUGCUUUGUCCAUUAGCCACCACCUUUACCCAGCUGGCAGUGUUCAGUGCUGGCUAUGGCAUUGUGUUUGGAGCCACUGUGGCUAUUCAUAUCACUGUGCUUGCGGAGGUGGUUGGUGUAAACAGACUCGGCAGUGCACUGGGCUUCUUCAUGCUCAUCCGGAGCAGUGGAGGUCUUCUAGGACCACCCAUAGCAGGACUCUUCAUAGACAAAAUGGGAAACUACAGUACAGGCUUUCUGAUGGCGGGAAUUGCUCUUAUACUGUCCUCCUUCUUUCUGCUUUUGUUGGAUCAGAUGACCAGAAGGGGUUGUGGUACCCAACCUCAAAUAAACAGAUAAUCUGGAGGAGUGAAAAAAUAUAUUGGAUGAAGGAGAAGGAGGGAUUCCCAUGGCUCCUUCUCACUACGACUGUGAAAAUGACUGUAUUUUGACUGUGUUGUGCCACUUUAUUAUCUUAUUCAUCAAUUUAGUAUUAAUAUUAAUAUUAUCUUGUUUUUAUAGAAUUAUUAUAGAUAGAUCGAUAGAUACUUUAUUGAUUGAAAUUCUAGAAAAUGACUCCUUAACAAAGUUCUAUAUACAUGAAUAUGUAAUAUAUUUAAUGACAAAAUAACAUACUUUAUUACAAAAAGGGCUUACAUGCAGUGUAGGCUCCAUGAUUAUAACUAUGACACAGCAUCUGUCAAACAUGGUGGAGGCAGUGUUAUAGCAUGGACUUAAACGCCUGCCAGUAGAACUGGGUCACAUGUGUUUAUUGGUAUUAUGACUAAUUAUAACUAAUAGAAGUAGCAGAAUGAUUCCUAAAAUGUAAAGAGGUGAGGAUAUUGAUGGAGAUAAAAAAAAGAAUAAACAGUGCUGCUAAGCCUCUA